AAAAGACCUGUCGAACUAGCCAAUCGAGUAAAAAAAGUUGAGUAGAAUUAAAGUGUGGAAUUGCAGUGCAAUAAAAGUAUCAGCCAACGCAAGAGCAUCACGUUUUGUCAGCAUCCAAGGCAAGCGGUACAUUACCAAAAAAAAGGCAAUCACUGUUCACGACAAACUUGGAGGAGUAAGAGCCCAAAGACGACACUAUGGUGGCUGGAGCUGUCGGUAACUUCCAUACGGCCCAGUGGAACGACCCACUGGUUCUGGAGAUGCUGCGUACGAGGGAGCAGAACGCGAAGAAAUACCCGGGGGACUACUCACAUGUGUUCCGAACCAAAUCUCGAUGGGACCUGAUCCGGAUCUCGUUCGUCGUUAUGGGCAUGGAGUUCGCGUACUCGGCCGAGACGGCCUUUGUUUCACCGAUCCUGCUCGGAAUUGGCGUCGAGCAUCAGCUAAUGACGCUGGUGUGGGCCAUCUCACCACUGAUCGGGUUCUUCCUGGCACCAAUUUUGGGAACAAUCAGCGAUAGAUGUCGUCUGGGCUGGGGUCGUCGAAGACCUGUGCUGCUUGGACUGUCCAUUACGUUGGUCAUUGGAUGCAUCUUGGUGCCAUUUGGAGAGAACGUGGGGAUGCUGUUGGGAGAUUUGGGCGAAGUAAUACCGGAAAGUUCGGUGAAUGUGACAGAAACUCUGCGAUCGAAUCAGGAUUUCUACGACCACGAGAUGGAUUUCAAGUGGGCGAUAGUAUUCACGAUUCUGGGAACGCUGCUGCUGGACUUUAGCGCGGACACCUGUCAAACUCCGUCCAGAGCGUACUUGCUGGAUGUGUGUCUCCCGAAGGAUCACGGUCGGGCUUGUAGUACCUUCUCGAUCAUGGCCGGCGUUGGAGGUAGCGUGGGAUAUGCCAUGGGCGGAAUCAACUGGGACAACACAACGUUCGGAGAGAUGCUCGGAGGUAGCAUCAAAACCGUGUUCACGUUGGUUGCUAUCAUCUACGUUAUUGGGUCUAUACUAACGAUGACGAGCUUCCGCGAGAUCCCGUUGCCGCUGUUGGAAAAAGACGACUUGUUGCGACCACUGACGGAGUCGGCGAUCAAUGCGGAACGGGCAAAACGGAAUCCGCAAAUAAUCAGCAAAGCGUUUACGGAAUCUAGCAAAGAUAUCGCUACGGUGGAGUCCUACCAGGAUGACUCAGAUGUCGAGGAAGAAUCCAGUGCAAUGAGCUUGACGGACUUCUUGAAGAGCAUCUUCAUGAUGCCCAAAUCAAUCGCGAUCCUCUGCUUGACGAACCUUUUCUGUUGGAUGAGUCACCUGAGCUACUGUCUCUUCUUCACCGAUUUCGUUGGCGAGGAAGUCUUCAAGGGUAACCCAGCAGCGCACUCUCAAUCUUUGGAAUACCAACUCUACCUAGAGGGAGUCCGCUACGCGUGUUUUGGAAUGGCUAUCUACUCCCUGGCCUGUUCGUGCUACGCGUUCACCAUCGAGAAGCUGAUCAAGGUUCUACGAGCCCGGAUCGUGUACUGCGGUGGACUGCUGAUCGACGCUACCGGAAUGCUGAUGAUGGCCCUUUUCCCUAACAAAAUUACCGUCUAUGUAUUUAGCGCCACCGGAGGAAUCGUGUACGCGUUGCUGUUCACCAUGCCGUUCCUACUGCUCGGCCAGUACCACGCCAAAGGACAGUUUAAAGUGAGUCGAUCGAACGGUGAAGCGGCUGGCAGCACUGCUUCGGUGGACAAACCGGAGCGGAAGCGAGGACUGGCAACGGAUAUUGCCGUGGUCGGGGGAAUGAUCUUCGUAGCGCAGAUCAUCGUAUCGCUGGGGAUGGGAUCGUUUAUUUCGCUGUUGGGGUCCACGACGGCGGUCAUCUAUGCGGCGGCGCUGUUCAGCUUUCUGUCGGCCAUCUUGGCGACGCAGGUCGUUUACAUGGAUCUGUAGGAAGGCGGUGGAUUAUUUUCAUAGAAUCUAGUUAAUUUAUUUAAGGAUGCGUUAUGUAUGUUUUACCAAUUUAUAUGAUAACUUUUCAAGUAAUGUGAUUAAUAUACAAUG